UGGCUAGCUGUAGUUAGUUAACUGUACAGGCUGACUAACAUCCAUCUGUUUUAAAAUGUUGUAUUCCCGACUGGUUAAUAUAAAGGAUACAUAGUUACGAAUAUGAAUGCUAAAUUAACCCAUCGAGUAACCCAACUAGCUAGCUAUCUGUGCUACACGUGAACGACUUUCCCGAGACGUGUCAUGUUGUUUACAAAAAUUGCUGUUUAGCCUUUUGCCAUUUACUCUGCUUUUCCGAGAUGAGUGUCAGAACAACACUUCUCAUCUGUUCGAAUCUGCUCAGCUAUAAACUAGCCUUUUCAUCAAUUCAGUCAAAUAAUACUUUCAACUCAUGAAAUAUAGCUAGCCCUUGAUUUUGAAGAUUGAUUUACAAAUGCCUAACGUUAGCUGUAAAUGUGAGUUGCAUUAUUGCCGUUUACCUUAUCAUAACCCCAAAACGCGUCUCUGCCCAAAUGCAAUGGCCUAUUACACGUGUUAUGUUGUAUGGAAGACUUAGUAAACACAUUAUGAAUACCUCAGUCUUUUUUUUAUUUAUUAUAUAGGCCUAUUUUAGGAUUGGCUGGUGAUAGGAAAUCAGUCACUGUCUAUUGUAGACCUUUGACCAGUGAACCGACUGGGCUGAAUGGCUCCAUUUCUGGCCAAGCUUACAGACUGAGGAAUUUGAUUGUUUAACAACUAAUCAGAUUCACAGACGCUCUUCCUCUCACAGCCUAGCCCAUUCAUAGACACUAAUAGCCCUUGAUCAUGUCACACAGUUCCAUACAUUACACAUAAGUGAUUGUGUAAUGACUCCAACACCAUCAUUAAGUUUGCCGGUGACACAACAGUGGUAGGCCUGAUCACCGACAAUGACGAGACAGACUAUAGGGAGGAGGUCAGAGACCUGACCGUCUGGUGCAAGGACAACAACCUCUCCCUCAACGUGAUCAAGACAAAGGAUUUGAUUGUAGACUACAGGAAUUGAAGAACUGAGCACGCCCCUAUUCUCAUGGACGGGGCUGUAGUGGAGCAGGUUGAGAGCUUCAAGUUCCUUGGCGUCCACAUCACCAACAAACUAACAUGGUCCAAGCACACCAAGACUGUUGUGAUGAGGGCACGACAAAACCUAUUCCCCCUCAGAAGGCUGAAAAGAUUUGGCAUGGGUCCUCAGAUCCUCAGAAGGUUCUAAGAUCCUCAGAAGGUUCUACAGCUGCACCAUCGAGAGCAUCGUGACGGGUUUCAUCACUGCCUGGUAUGGCAACAGCUUGGCCUCCGACCGCAAGGCACUACAGAGGGUAGUGCGUACGGCUCAGUACAUCACCGGGGCCCAGCUUCCUGCCAUCCAGGACAGGCGGUGUCAGAGGAAGGCCCUAAAAAAUGUCAGACUCCAGCCACCUUUGCCAUAGACUGUUCUCUCUGCUACCACACAGCAAGCAGUACAGGAGCGCCAAGUCUAGGUCCAAGAGGCUUCUAAACAGCUUCUACCCCCAAGCCAUAAGACUCCUGAACAUCUAAUCAAAUGGCUACCCAGAUUAUUUGCAUUGCCCCCCCCCCCUUUUAUGCUGCUGCUACUCUCUGAUGUUAUCUAUGCAUAGUCACUUUAAUAACUCUACCUACAUGUAUAAAAUUUGAUUUGAUUUGGACGAAGGACAAAGCAAUUUGGACGAAGCAAUCUGAACAUUAACGUGUCUCUUGCUGUAUGGUUUUGGAAGCAUAAGGACCUUAUCUUUCAUAUCAGAGAGAAAUAAUAAUUAAGAAAAGGUUAAAUUGAUACACACCAUGAUAAAGUUAGGGUUAGUGUUCCCACACUGCCAUGUCUCCAUGUUACAGCACUUACGGAAGACAGACAGAUGGAAGACAGAGAUGAAAACCUGCGCUAAUUAGCUAUCGAGCGUGCUCGCACACGUGUGUAAGCGUAACUGGGUGGAAAGUGUAGUUCUUUGCUCGAGGCACACACAGCCAUAUGGAUCUGUGCAAACCUGCUACAGGAAACAGGACUGACAACAACCAUUACAUUAGUGCAGGCUUUUUCUUCAGACCCAAUACCAACACCAGAUUCAACUAAUCAAGAACCAAUACUAACACACCAGAUUCAACUAGUCAAGGGCUUGAUGAUGAACAGAAGGAAUGGAGAGGCCCGUUCUGCUUCAUCCAGGCUGCAGAUCCCCAGCUGGGUCUGAUGAAGACCUGGAGGCAGGGGGACUGUGACGGAGGAGGGGACGAGUGGACCGAUGAGGUCCAGCUGACCCAGCAGGCUGUGGAGGCCGUCAACAAGCUGAGCCCCAGGCCUAAGUUUAUGGUGCUGUGUGGGGACCUGGUUCAUGCCAUGCCAAGCACCCAGUACCGGGAGGGGCAGGAGCGGGACUUGAAGGUGGCUCUGAGGGGCACAGACCCCUCCAUCCCUCUGGUGUUUGUCAGUGGUAACCAUGACCUGGGUAACACACCCACCCCGGAGACUGUAGCCCAGUUCUGCAACGCCUGGGGAGAUGACUACUUCAGCUUCUGGGUUGGAGGGGUGCUGUGUCUGGUGCUGAACUCCCAGCUGUUCUUUGAUGCGUCGGCCUGCCCCGACCUAAGAGAUGCCCAGGAAGCCUGGUUAGAGGGCCAGCUGCAGAGGGCCUCUCAGGGGCCUGGGGUCACCCCCAAACACGUCCUGGUGUUCCAACACAUCCCUCUGUACUUAAAGACCCCCGACGAGGAGGACGACUACUUUAACCUGCAGACCGCCACAAGGCAGAGCCUCCUAGGCAGGUUCAAACGGGCAGGAGUGAAGGCGGUGUUCUCUGGCCACUACCACCGUAAUGCGGGGGGGCUCCACAAUGGCCUGGACAUGGUGGUGAGCUCCGCUAUAGGCUGCCAGCUGGGAGAGGACACCCACGGGGUCAGGGUGGUGGUAGUGACCGCCGACCAGGUCAUCCAUCGCUACCACAGCCUGGAGCAGCUCAGUAGGCGGGGCAUGGACGAGGACCUCAGGAAACUACUGCAGGCCUGAGCCAAUCAGAGAAGAGGGGACACACAGGAACAGAAUACCAGGGCCCGAUUCAUAAAGCAUCUCAGAGAGAAGUGCUGAUCUAGGCCCCUCUUUUUAUUCCUUAUGAUUUAAAAGGCAAAACUGAUCCCUACAUCAGUACUGCUUCUCUGACUCCUAAUACAGGCUCAGAACACCAGACAGUGGAGAGGAAGUCUGUCAAUCAUCUUAAGACCUGUAGCCUACUGUGAAUAAGCACCAACCCAUUGUAUUGUACAAGGUCAUCAGUCGCAGAAUGUGCUGGAUUUACCUUACUCCAGAGAGAGAAAAACUGUUCUGUUGUCAUAAGUUACUCUUGUCAAGAAUAUCCUAGUUAUGACUAUCUCUAAGGUCUACAAAGACACUGUCUGUAACACUCAUUGUGCAAACUAACCCAAUGAGCAUGUCCUGUGUUAGUCAUGUCUUUUUUAUAUCAAGCUUGUGAAAUUGCUUGGGGGAGAAUGUUUGUCUAGUCUAGUUGCAGCAGCACUGAAUGUCUUUACUGACAACGGGUACUAGUAUGACUCUAUAGCCCUGAAACGACUCCCUGUUGCCCUGUAUGAAUAUUUUCAACCCCACUCACCCAAUCCUCGACGCAACAAAUUGUCAUGGCAACAGCAGCUGCGCUCGUUGGACAGGCCUUAUGGUGGUGAUGGGUGGGCCAACAACAACAUGAUGACCUCUGCAAUGAAAACACUGUAAUGGGAGAAACAACUUCAGUUUACAGCAACAUCCUGUCUGUGAAUGUGAUGUUCCCUACUAUGUAUGAGAUAUCUUCUUGACCUGAUUGAGAAUUUGUUAUAUUAGAUUUGUGAAUUGAUUUAGUACUUAAGUUGGGGUAUGGUCAGGAUGAUUACAUUAGUUUAGUUUCUUUACUCGCACUACAAUUAAAUGUCAUGUUCUGUUUUUUUAAUUUUAUGAAUAAACAUUGAUUUAAACUA